CGGGCGGGUGAGGGGCGGCCGGGCCGGGCUGGGUGAUCACUGCCCUCAGGGGGCCCUGCGCCCGCUCUGGGGAGCUCCUGGCAAGCUGCGGGCUCUGCUGGCUCCGAGCUGAGGUCGCCGCCUCCCCGCCCGGGGCCGAGCGGCUCGGGAGGUUCCUCAGGUAGAUGCUGCUGCCUCAGCCCCGCUCUCCAGAGGAAGGUGAUUCUCUCACUAACGGGACAGCUGGUGUGCUGUAACGGCGGGGGCUGGCCUCGCCUCCAGACAUUGCUCUGGCUCCGUGAGACAUCUCUGGUGUCUCUCCACCUCCUUAGCUCCACUGACCAAGUUUAAGGAGCUGGAAAGAAACUAUACUGAUAAUGUCUCUCUUGCUUACUGUUGGACUUUGGCAGUCCUGAUCUGUGAAGAUAAUUAAAGUUCCUGUGCUCUGAAUGCUCAGCUGAAAAUCUUGAGCAUGGCCCCACUGCCCAAUGCUGAGUUGGUGAAGAGCUCUGUGCAGCUGUACCGGUACCUGCUGCGGUGCUGUAAGCAGCUGCCUGAGGAGAGCAUCCGUCAGCACUACAGACAUGCAGUCAGACAGAGUUUCAGAGUUCAUGCCGAUGAAGACGAUCCUGAACGAAUACAGCAGAUUAUUAAGAGAGCCAUUGAAGAUGCUGACUGGGUCAUGAAUAAAUAUAAAAAACAGAAGUAGAAGAGGAAUGAUGAAGACAAGAAUGUCAUCGGGAAACACCCUUAGAGGACUCCCAGUCAAGCCCAGUACUGUAUUAUAUUUAUUGCCUGGAGUUUUCUCUUAAAUAAUGCAAAUUCAAAUAGUUUAAUCUCAUUGGGAUUUCAUGAAGCUAAACUGGUAUUUCUGAAGCUAUUUGUGUCUGUAAAGUAAAAGGCACAGUCUAGGUUCAAAUUAUUAGUGUGUAUAAUCAUGAACUUCAUCUUAACGCCCAAACUUCCCAGUGCUUUGAGCAACACAGAGGGCUUCUCAGCCUUUAUAAUUCUGUGAAUAAAAAUGUAGUGGAGUACAAGUCAUUAACAAAUAAUAAAUACAGCCCUGUCUGCCAUUCUUACCUGAUGAAUUCCAGCAUCUCCUCUGAAAGAAUUUAACUAGUAUCUGAGCAUGGAUGUUUCUACUGAGAACCUGCAAAUGUGAGAAAUGCUCAGAUCAUCCUCUGUCAGGACCAUAGGUAUGUUUUCAGAGUCUGGUGUUAAUCUAGUAUCAGACAAAACAGCAUAGGCUCCCAGGUGGAAAACCUACCCACAGGAACUGUAAGGCUUUGAAACAUGAACCACAGUCCAUGCUCUGGGCACAUCUUCACUCCACCCUGUAGUCUGCACUUGAACUAAUAGUUGUCUUAUUUAAAGAUAGGUGCCUGUCACCCUAAUUGCUAAACUUCCAUUAAAGCAGUGAACUGAAUGGCAUGAUCACAGGAAUGUGCAGUGUUGGAUGGGUAUUAAGGCCUUCACAUUUUUUUCAAGAUAUAAUAAAUGUCCUUUAAAAAUGCGAGUCCAUGCCUUUUUAAAAAGAGAGUAUUUUCUGUGCCUGAAUGGAUUUUCAUCAGAGAAAACUC